AUGGCAUUGGGCGUGGCGCGAGCUGGGCGGCAGGCACUUGGCCCCGCUGCCCCGACCCAGCAGCCCCAGCCCCGCCAGCUCCAUGUGCUGACCGUGGUGACAGACGCGGGCAGCGAGCACCUGCAGCGCCUGACGAGGGUUGCCGGCAGGUUUGGGCACCGGGUGGAUGUGGCGGUGCCCUCCGGGCCCGUCUCCUACAACGCCGGCUUUGGCUUGAAGCUGGAAGCCACCCACCGCUACCUGGCCAGCCUCGCCGCCGCCGAGGACCUGGUACUGUUUGUGGACGGGUAUGAUGCGGUGGUGGCGGGGACGGCGGCGCAGAUUGUGGGGCGGGCCUACCUGGGCCCCGCUGGCCUGCUGCGGGACCUCAUCGCUGCCAACCUUGACUUCUCCGACCCCUCCUUUGUCAAGACGGACGACCAGCACUUCUUCCACACCCUCCUGUGGGGCAACCCCGCCGCCAUCCAGCUGGACUACCGCUGCCAGCUGUUCACCGCCGCCUUCACGCGCGCCGACGACCUGGUGUGCACGCCGCGGGGCUGGCUCAACAACCAGACGCAGACCUACCCGCUGGUGGUGCACCACAACGGCCACCCCAAGCCCAAGCUGGAGCGCAUGCUGGCCAGCCUGGAGCAGGCGGGCAGCGACAUGCGCCUCGUGUGCCCCGCCGAUGAGACUGUCGCUGCGGCUGCCGCUGACAAGCCGCCGUGA